UGUCAAAAUAAUAUGUCAAACAAAAUGUCAGCUGUGUGAGAACAAAACAGACGUAUUGCCCACUUUGCGUUAAAUUGUUUGUAUUUUAAUAACUCACUAAAAUAAAAAUGGGUGCAUUAACAAGUAGGCAGAAUGCUGGUGUUGAAGAAGCCGAUGUUGUUUCUAAUCAUGCUUAUAAAUACCCACCACGAUCAGAUGAUGCAGGUAAUUACUUCGGGAGCCACUUCAUAAUGGGUGGGGAAAGGUUUGACACACCGCAGCCUGAAGCAUACCUGUUUGGGGAAAAUGCUGAUCUCAACUUCCUUGGCAGUAGACCCACACCUUUCCCGUAUCCUCCGCCACAGUCUAAUGAACCAACAAAGACAUUAAAAAGUCUUGUUAAUAUCCGCAAAGAGUCUUUACGGUUUGUCCGAUGUCCUGAGCCAGUUGGGAAGCUAGCAGAGAAUAAGAUUGGAGAUGGUAUGAUCAAAUCUGUGGAGAACAAUGGCAAGGGCACAUACUAUAAUAUUGAGUUUACAUUUGACUGUGAUGCAAGGUGUGCUAUUACCGUAUUCUACUUUUGCACGGAGGAAGUGACACCCACUGGUGUUGUUUAUUACCCACGUGACCCCGCAAUGAGCUCGCAAACGUACCACUACAAGAAGGGCGCGAACCAGCAGUUCUGCCAGAUAUCGCACGUGUUCGACCCUUCCAAGCACCCCGAGGAAGACCUGGUGUAUAACGCGGACCGGGAGAUCAUACCCAUUGCUAUCUACUGCGUCGUUGAUGAGGGACAAGAUGAAAUUAGACAAUCUCAUACGACAAUAGCGGUGGUCGAGAAGCACUCGGACGGCACGUACGUGCUGAAGGCGCUCAAACAGAAGCUGUUUGUUGACGGCCUCUGCUAUCUGCUGCAAGAAAUAUAUGGCAUCGAGAACAAGAAUCUGGACACUAAGCCGAGUUCAGACGAAGAGACGGAGGACGGCGGGUCGGAGUGCGUGAUCUGCAUGUGCGACGUGCGCGACACGCUGAUCCUGCCGUGCCGCCACCUGUGCCUGUGCAACUCGUGCGCGGACUCGCUGCGCUACCAGGCCAACAACUGCCCCAUCUGCCGCGCGCCCUUCCGCGCGCUGCUGCAGAUCCGCGCGCUGCAGCGGCGGCCCGACAGCGCGCCGCCGCCCGCGCACGACGCCUGCGACAACAUCCCGCCCGGCUACGAGCCCGUGUCGCUGCUCGAGGCGCUCAACGGCCCGCACCCCGCGCGCGCGCUGCCCGCGCCGCGCCAGGCGCCCGCCAUCGCCAGCCCCGACACCGACACCGCCUCGCAGGCGGCGGAGAUUCUGAACCGCUGCAACUUGGAGCGCAGCUCGUCCACAAGCUUGGGCAGCAGCGGCAGCAGGAAGGCCAAGAGUGGCUCUAAAGAUGACGUCAAGAGCGUGCGCGACCGCUCCGCCGCGCAGACAGUCACACCCGAGUUCCGUAUGUCCGUACUACUGGCUCGCGAGGAAGAAGCGAAGCGUGCUGAAGAAAAAGCGGCGGCUGCUAACAGCCCGCUGCUCUACAAUCAUAAGAUUGUCAACGGAGAUAAGAUAUCUAAGUCGUCGCUGAGCCUGGAGUACGCGGGCUCGGCGUGCGCGGCGGAGGCCUCGGGCUCCGAGGACGAGGCGCGCGCGCAGCCCGACAGCGACGCCGAGAGACUGUCGCCGCUGCUCACGCACCCCGACACCAACGGGACGGCGUCGAGCGCAGGCUCCGGCUCCGGCUGCGGGGCGUGCGAGGCGGAGGCGGGCGGCGCGGGCUGCGCGGGGGGCGCGGGCUGCGCGGGGCUGGCGGCCGCGCUGCGACACGCCGCGCCCGCGCUCGCGCACAUCGACGACACCGACACCGACGAGCCCGACCACAAGAUACACUCGAGCGGAACACCGUCUCGUAACGAUGAGGAGUCGCCGGCAGUCGCCGAGGACUCAGAUUAUUUCACGCCGGAAGACACCAACACGACCAUUCUGACCGUUCCUAAGACGAACAAACUUGCAGAGCCGACUAACAACGGAGAUUGUACUCCCCAGCGCUGGGCCCUACCACAUCACGUAACUUCUCUACCUGGAACCCCUCUGAGCCAGUCGAGCGUGCGCUCGUCGGGCGACUCGUACAGCUCCACGUCGUCCACGCGGCAGCUGCUGGCGCCCGUGGCCGCGCCGCCGCGCCCCGCCGACCCCGCCUGCUAACAACACUACGUACUUGACACACGGACCUACGUAAAACUUCGUAAAAACUACAACUCGAAUAUCAAUUUAAGUAAUGUGUAAGCAAAUUAGACUGUUCGCAGCUAUCUUAAGAUGCUCUAUAUUUAUUCUUAUACGUAGUAUAAUAAUUCGCCGUAAUGUAAAUGGCAGUAAAUGCGACAUCGGUCUUGUGGUUAUGUGAAUAUUUAUGAAUUGUUUAGCCUGAUGUGGGGAUAAAUAUAACUGGUGUAAAGUAUUCAUUAUGACGUGCAUAGCAUUUCGACAUGGCCAAUGUAAGGUAUAAUUUGGUAUUUUGAGUUUUAUUCAUGCACACAAGGUCUCUUUAGUACAAUUUAUGCAUUCAAAAACUCAGCCUCAUAUGUAUUACAAUUAGGUGACGUAAAUUCCGUCAUUGAAAUACGAAAUGAGAUGAGAAUUAUCGAAAUCGAGAAGCUUCUAUUUGCUCAUUAUCAACUUGAGUGUAUCUAAUCACUAUAAAUUGUUCUGAGGGGUUAAUAAUAAGUCAUGACCUCCUCUCUCCAUGACAUUUCUUUUUUGUAUGCUCAAUUUGUAAAUUACACUCCUUUAUUAUUGGAAACUCAAUAUUGUAGUAGUAAUUUAGUGAAUUUGAAGUUCUCACAAUCAUGAUAAAUACAGGAGCUUCACUGUUUGUCAGGUAUUUAAGAAUUUAUUUUAAAAAGAUGUGAAUAAUCUCGCAAAUAUCUUGACAGUCCAAACAGCUGCUUGUGAUGAUUUGUUAUCACCUGUCUCCAUUAUUACUUACAGUUGUAUUACAAGUUUUCGCUGUGGAAAUAAUUGCAUGUAUUGUAUAUAUUAUCCUCAACUCAACUGUAUUUACCUUUCUUAAUAAUUAUAAAUAAAUCAAUGUAUAAAGGGUGUCUAAUAUUGGCUGUAGUGUAUAUAAGACAAUGUAUUUUUGUGUAAGAUAAUAUUUUUAAUUUUAAGUAACUUUAGAUUUAAGUUUACUUCAUCAUAGCUCAUUCAGACUGAUAACAAACAUUCCUUAAGAUUGUCUGCUGAAUCUCAAAAAGAAGUAUAUUAUGUGACAGCUGUUUCAGACUUGUGUUACAAUAUUGCCUUAUUCAUUACUUUUUAUAGGUACAAGGACAGAAUAUUGUUUGUAGUAAUAAAAUAAAGCAUAUUUAAUGUUGUA